GGUGUUGGGUAUUGGAUAUGGACAUAUAUGUUUAUAACUUUAUAUUAACUGAAGAAAAGGAUGAAAGAAACUUGAUGGCCUUGUCAUCUAUUUGCUCUCCUCCGCUUUCUCCCUCUUAAUCCUUUUUUCUUAUCUCCUGCAGAGUCUCUCUCUCCAUAACCACUCCCUCUGUCUCAUUAAUGUUCUUUUGCCGUAAUAUAGUAACAAGAAGCACAGGCAAAGGCAGCAGAAAGUAGGCUGUCAUGGUCAUGGAUGGCUCUCUCCCCCCAAAAUUGGACUCGGAAGUUUCAGAACUCAAACCAGAAACUCAAACAUCCAAGAAAAGGAAGGUGGUUCAGAAGAGUGUAGUCACAGUGAAAAUUGGAACCAAUGUUGGGAAGCAAAAGAAUGAAGGGCCACCUUCUGAUUUCUGGUCUUGGAGGAAGUAUGGGCAAAAACCCAUCAAAGGAUCUCCACAUCCUAGGGGUUAUUACAGGUGCAGCACAUCAAAGGGUUGUUCAGCCAAAAAACAAGUUGAGAGAUGUAGCACCGAUGCUUCAGUCCUGAUCAUCACUUACACUUCUAGCCAUAACCAUCCAGGCCCUGACAUAACCAGCCUGACCCAACAACCAAAGGAGCCUCAAACUUUGCCAAUUACUGUAGAUCACCCCAUAUCACCUAAAGAAGAACAGCUGCAGGAACAAGAGGAGGAGAGGCAGGAGCAGCCCCUUAUGACAACCAGUGACGUAGAUGCAAGUGAAGAUCACUUUCAUUACCUACAGUCCCCAAUAAGUAGUUCUCAAGAUCUAAUAUUUGUAAACCAAGAACCACCCUUUACAGAGACCCUGGACAAAACCAGUGACACCCAUCUGGGUUUUCUCUUGGACAGAGAAGCCAUCUCUUGUCCUCAUCUCAUGACAUUUCCUCCAGUACCCAGAUCCGAAGAAAAUGACUUCUUUGAUGAGCUUGAAGAACUGGAUACAUCUUCAGCUUUAACCAGCUUCAUGAGGAGCAGUUUUUCCAAUGAAAGGAUUCCUGUUGUCCCUCUUUGAUCCUAGUGUUUUUAGUGCUUUCUUUGCAUCCUAGAAAAGUGUACUUUUAGUGUUCAUAUAUGAUAAUUAAUAUAUACACCCCCACUCCUCGAAGUUCCACAUGGCA